UGGUUGAAUUUUUAUAAAGUUGUUAGACUGAAUUAUAAUAGAAAAUAAACACAAUGUUAAGUAAUUUUCACAGAUCAAACUUCAAGCAAUUAAGUUUAAUAAGAUAUGUGUUAAAUCGACUUGAAAAUGUGACACACCGUUAUAGUACACAAGCAAUAUUUCAAAAUAUAUUUGAUAGGAAUUCCAAAAAGCUACAAAAGGAAAGAGCUGCGAAAAGUGAAGAUGUGGAGUUAUAUGAUUACCUCAAAGAAGAGGUCGGUUAUAGAGUGGCUGAUCGAGUAUUUGAUAUCAAAAGGGAAUUUAAAAACGCUGCAGACUUAGGUUGUAAUCGUGGCUUCUUAUCACGACACAUUUUGGCCGAAAGUGUAAAACAUUUAACCUUAUGUGAUAUUAGCCCUACUAUGCUUGCUCAGGCCCAAGGAACACCUGGCUUAGAAAUUAAAAAAUUGGAACUAGAUGAAGAACAAUGGAACUUUCCAGAAAAUUCUUUGGAUUUAGUAAUUUCAUCGUUGAGUCUUCAUUGGGUCAACGAUUUGCCAGGCUGCUUUAGUAAAGUAAUAAGGAGUCUAAAACCCGAUGGUGUAUUUAUUGCGUCAAUGUUCGGUGGCGAUACUCUAUAUGAAUUGAGAUCUUCAUUACAACUGGCUGAGUUGGAAAGAAAAGGUGGUAUAGCUCCUCAUAUAUCACCAUUUACUCAGAUUCGAGAUGUUGGUUCAUUACUUAAUCGGGCAGGUUUUACCAUGCUCACCAUAGAUACUGAUGAGAUUGUCAUAGGCUAUCCUACUAUGUUUGAACUUAUGUGGGACCUUAAAGGUAUGGCUGAAAAUAAUGCAGCAUUUAAUCGACCCAUACACUUAAGCAGAGACACCAUGAUGGCUGCCAGCGCCAUCUACAAGGAAAUGUAUAAGAAGGACAACGGUAUUCCGGCUACAUUUCAGAUAAUUUAUUUUGUCGGUUGGAAACCGGGACCUGAUCAACCUACUCCACUGCCAAGAGGUUCUAGUGAUGUAUCAUUAAAAGAUCUGGGCAAAAUGAUAGAGAGUAGUGCAAAUAAAACAAAGAAAAAGAAUUAAACAAGACUGUUGACAAUAAAUUUACAUUUGUGCAAUUACAUAUGUAUAAAUGUGUGUAUGUUUACA